AUGGACUUCGCACACUACGAAUCAUCGCUGUUGAUUCAAAGAUUCUUAUAUCCAGGAUCCGUUGUGCCAAUGAUGGGAAGCACAUCUUUUGAUUCAUUGCUGCUGACCUUGGAUUUCAAUCACUUAGAGAGUGCCUUGUUGGUUCACACCUUUGUAAGAAUGGCGUCGAUGCUGCUAGCACCUGACCUUUUGCAUUUGGGGAGUUUGCCACUGUUGCAAGAGCUUUGCCACAUUGGCGCAGUGACGUUGGCGUCCAGUCGUUCAUCCUCAGGCAGUUUCUUGCCUGUUCUGGACCUUCUUCAUUUGGGAUCAGCGCUGUCUCCGCAAAGUUUCUCCUUGUCCAUCUUGUAUCCAAUGAGACUGGGUUUCUUGCUUCCAAUUCAAAGCUUUGCCCAUCUCGGCUCUGCAGCAUCAGUUUUGGACCUUCUGCAUCUGGGACUCUCAGCAUCAGCUCAAAGCACGACUUGCACAGCCUUCUCCUUCCCCUUGUUGACUCGUACAGCUACGGACUCUCCGGUCUUUGUCUCAGACUUCUUGCACCCAGAACCCUUGAUUCUGCUUCAAAGCCAUUCCCAACUGGGCCUUUUUUUGUCGAUUUUGGACUUCGCACGUUGUGGUUCUUUGCUGCUUUUGCAGGCGGCCGCACGCGUGGCGCUUACACCUUCAGUCUCAGGUUUGACCCGCCUCGGUAGCGUCUUCUUUCUGUCAGUCAUCGAUGUCACCACAUUCGACUCGUUUUUUUCUAUCCGAUCCUUCGUCUGCUUGGGUUUUUUCAUGUCGACACUGGACUCUUUGCAUCUCGAUUCAAAUUUGCUGCUUCGGAGUCCAUGCCACCCAGAAUCCGCUUUUUUUGUCUCUGGUACAGUCAAGUCGGAUUCAACAUCGCUGCUACUGGAACAUUCAAGUCUGGGUUUGUUCUCACCAUUGCACUCCAUGUCUCGCUGUGGCUUAGCAUUGUUUGUACUUGACUUCCUGAGAUUAGACUUCAUGCUGCCUCUGCACAGUUUUACUCAGUCCGAACCUCCAUUCUCAGUUUUUGGAAUAGUGGAGAUGGGCCCAUUCACGCUUUCAUUGGAACGUUUGACCCUGGGUCUGCCUUUGCCAGUGCAUAGCUUUGCUUGUUCUGAUUCUGGCUUGUUAGUGCUAGACCUCCUUCACCUGGAAAGCUUGACGCUCCUGAGAAGUUUAGGUCAAUUUGACUCCCUGUCUUUUCUGCUUGGCUUAUUGUGUUUGGGUCCCCUGUUGCUGUUGCCUGACAGCAUUCAACCAGGCUUUUCACCCCUGCUACACAGCCCUGGUCGAGCAGAAUCAGCCACCCUGGUCUCGGACUUUUUGCAUCUUGACCUCUUGCUGUCAGCGCAAGCCUUCUUACGAAUCAACUUUGCUUUGUUGCUUUUGGGGUCGGCUCAGCUCGAUUUUUUCACGUUCGCCCUGGACCCUGCACUUCCAGGCCUGACUUUGCCUGUGAGAUCGUGUGCUCAACUCGAAGUCCCGCUGUUUCUGUCGGAUUUUGUCCACUUUGAUUUCUUCACGUUGACACGAAAUCUUGGCCGCAUGGGAUUCUUGCCGCCUGCACUUGACCUUUUGACACUUGCUUCAUUUUUGUUCUUGAGAUGCUACACUUGUUCGGGACCUGUCAUGUCCCCUGCGCAGCGGACGCGCUUUGACAGCCCUUUGUUGGUGUUGGACUUCCUCCAUCUUGGACUCUCCCUACCGCUUCGAGACUUUACCCGGUUGGGUUUGCACACGUUGGUCUCAGGACUUUCCCGGUUGGACUCAAGCUCCUCUGCGCUUGACGCAGUUCAACUGGACUUCAUUACGUCUCCGCAGUCUUCUGCACGUAUUGGAAGUGCAGCACUGGUGCUUGCGAUGACCAGAUUGGGAUCUUUCAUGUUUUUGCGACAACAUGUGCGCUCUGACUCUUCGUCGCUUCUGUCCGGAACUGCAUGUCCUGAUGCUCCGUCGUCUGUGUCGGAGCAUGUCGAAUUUGGUUCUUUACCUCCUCUGAGAAGCUGUGCUCAUCCCGACUUCUUGUUCCUGGUUUUGGAGGUUGCUCAUUCAGAAUCACUGAUGUCACUGCAAAGUUUUGCACGUGUUGAUUUCGCAGUGUCCAUGCUUGACCUUUUGCGGCUAGACUCCACGGUGUUAUCAAGGACGUUUACUUGA